AUGGAGCUCUUCUUGUCGGGGUGUUUUUUAAUCCUCAUUUUGGAGUUCUCCUCGUUGGGGUUUUUAACCCUCAGUUUGGAGUUCUCCUCGUCGGGGUUAAAAACCCUCGGUUUGGAGUUCUCCUCGUCGGGGUUUUUAGCCCUCAGUUUGGAGCUCUCCUCGUCGGGGUUUUUAACCCUCAGUUUGGAGUUCUCCUCGUUGGGGUUAAAAACCCUCAGUUUUGAGCUCUCCUCGUCGGGGUUUUUAACCCUCAGUUUGGAGUUCUCCUCGUCGGGGUUAAAAACCCUCAGUUUGGAGCUCUCCUCGUCGGGGUUUUUAACCCUCAGUUUGGAGUUCUCCUCGUCGGGGUUAAAAACCCUCAGUUUGGAGUUCUCCUCGUCGGGGUUUUUAGCCCUUAGUUUGGAGCUCUCCUCGUCGGGGUUUUUAACCCUCAGUUUGGAGUUCUCCUCGUCGGGGUUAAAAACCCUCAGUUUGGAGCUCUCCUCGUCGGGGUUUUUAACCCUCAGUUUGGAGUUCUCGAUGCUCUUAUUGAAGUCUUAUUUGUGUGCUUCGUUGAGACUUAUUUGUAGCUUCACCGAGGCGUUGUGCGCUCUCCCACGUUGUUAA